AUGCCCGCCGGUCGCUCCUCCUCCAUCGCUUUCCCCUCCUCCGCCUCCACCUCCCGGCGCCGCUGCACGAGCACGGGCGCGGGCAACCUGUGGACGGACCUGGCGUUGCCAUUCACGGCGUCGAUCAACGACUUUGACGUGAACAACAAGGAGGAGGAUGUGCACAAGAUGGAGAAAUGGCGCCGCUCCUCGCUUGUCCUCAACUCCGCCCGUCGCUUCCGAUACACUGCCGAUCUUGAAUCUAAGAGUCAGAAUGCCUUGUCGCUCAGUCAGCUCCGCGUAGCCAUUACCGCCGUCGAACGGUUUAAGAGAGGCCUGCAAGCGUCGCAGGACUCGUCGUUGCCAGCGGCGCAGGCGGAGGGAUUUUCGUACGGCACGGUGGCCCUGCGGCAGCUGGUGGAAGGGCAGGACAGCAAGGCGCUGGAGCGGAUGGGCGGCGUGCAGGGCGUGGCCAGGGGGCUCGGGACGGACCUCGUGGCGGGGCUGUCCGGCAGCAAGGACGACCUGGAUCGGCGCGUGCGCGUGUACGGGUCCAACACGUACCCCGAGAAGCCUUUCAAGGGCUUCUUCAGCUUCGUCUGGGACGCCAUGCAGGACCUGACGCUGAUAAUCCUGGCCAUCUGCGCCACGCUGUCGCUGGUCGUGGGCGUCGCGACGGAGGGCGUGGCGGAGGGAUGGUACGACGGCGCGGGCAUCCUGCUCUCCAUCUUGCUCGUCGUCUCCGUCACUGCCGUCAGUGACUACCGACAGGCGUUGCAGUUUUCGGAGCUGGACCGUGAGAAGAAGAAGGUGUCGAUGGACGUGAUACGAGGCGGGCAGCGCACGCGCAUGUCGAUCUACGACAUCGUCGUCGGUGACGUCAUCAUGCUCGCCACUGGCGACGUCGUGCCCGCUGACGGCCUCUUCAUCUCAGGGUACAGCCUGGUGAUAGACGAGUCGAGCAUGACGGGUGAGAGCCUGCCGUUGCAGAAGAACAGCGAGGCGCCGUUCCUGCUGUCGGGCACCAAGGUGCAGGACGGCAACGCGAGCAUGCUGGCGGUGGGCGUGGGCAUGAACACUGAGUGGGGCAGCCUCAUGGCCAAGCUCACUGACGCCGGGGACGACGAGACGCCGCUGCAGGUGAAGCUGAAUGGAGUGGCGACGCUGGUGGGGCGGCUGGGGCUGGUGGUGGCGGUGCUGGUGUUCAUCGUGCUCAUGGGCCGCCAGUUCGCCAACACUGACUUUGCCAAGUGGGGCAUGCAGGACACACUCAAGGUGGUGGACAACUUCGCAGUGGCCGUCACCAUCAUCGUGGUCGCCGUGCCCGAGGGCCUGCCGCUGGCCGUCACACUGUCGCUGGCGUUCGCAAUGAAGCGCAUGAUGAGUGACAAGGCGCUCGUGCGCAAGCUGGCGGCGUGCGAGACCAUGGGGUCCGCCACCACCAUCUGCAGCGACAAGACCGGCACUCUCACCGCAAACCAGAUGACUGUUGUGCAGGCCUGGCUGCAGGGCACUGUCGUUGCCACCCUCACCAACUCCCCUCAGGGGUCCUUGUCCCCAGCGUACACGUCAGUGCUGCUGCAGUCCAUCUUCACCAACACCAGUGGCGAGGUGCAGCACGGCUCCCAUGUGGUUGGCUCGCCCACCGAGGUCGCACUGCUCAACCUGGGCCUGCGCCUGGGCGGCAGCUAUGAGCAGGAGCGUGCGGGCGUGCAGGUGGUGCGCGUGGACCCCUUCAACAGCAAGCGCAAGCGCAUGGCCGUGGUCAUCAAGCUGCCCGAUGGCACGCACCGCGUGCACUGGAAGGGCGCCGCUGAGAUCAUUCUCGGCAUGUGCUCCUCCGCCAUUGGCAAGGACGGCACCUCGGCGCCCCUCUCGCACAGCGAGCUAGACGCCACGAUCCUGAGCUUCGCCAACAGCGCCCUGCGCACGCUCUCCCUGGCGUACCGCGACCUCAAGCCCUCGGAGGUGCCUGCCAACGGUGUGUGGACGGAUGAAACGCCCGUGCCCGACAGCGGGCUCACGCUGCUGGGCGUGGUGGGCAUCAAGGACCCUCUCAGGGCGGGUGUGGCGGAGGCAGUGCGCCUGUGCAAAACAGCCGGCAUCAAGGUGCGCAUGGUGACGGGGGACAACCUGAACACGGGCAUGGCCAUUGCUCGUGAGUGCGGCAUCCUCACGGAGGGCGGCGAGGCCAUUGAGGGCCCCAAGUUCCGCACGCUCACUCGCGCCCAGAUGAAGGAGCUGCUGCCGCGCCUGCAGGUGAUGGCGCGGUCGUCCCCCACGGACAAGCACACGAUGGUGAACUGCCUGAGGGAGAUGGGCGAGGUGGUGGCCGUCACGGGCGACGGCACCAACGACGCGCCCGCACUCAAGGAGGCUGACAUUGGGCUCGCCAUGGGCAUUGCCGGCACCGAGGUGGCGAAGGAGAGUGCGGAUGUGAUCAUCAUGGACGAUAACUUCUCCUCCAUUGUCAAUGUCGCUAAGUGGGGGCGCAGUGUGUACACCAACAUCCAGAAGUUUGUGCAGUUCCAGCUCACUGUCAACAUCGUGGCACUCGUCACCAACUUUGUUUCAGCCUGCAUCACAGGGUCGGCCCCACUGACAGCGGUGCAGCUGCUGUGGGUGAACCUCAUUAUGGACACGCUGGGAGCGCUGGCCCUUGCCACGGAGCCGCCCACGGACGCCCUCAUGCUCAAGCCCCCUGUGGGCCGCCGCACUCCCUUCAUCAGCAGCAUCAUGUGGCGCAACAUCUUCGGCCAGUCGGUGUUCCAGCUGGCGCUCAUGGCAGCGCUGCAGGUUUAUGGUGAUAAGAUGUUUGGGUUCAGUGCGUUGGAUGAGGGGGGUGUGCUGCGCCUCAACACCAUCAUCUUCAACACCUUUGUCUUCUGCCAGGUGUUCAACGAGAUCAACUCGCGCAACAUGGAGGCACUGGAUGUGUUUUCAGGCAUCCUGUCCAACUAUGUAUUUGUGGCCAUCAUGCUCGUCACCGUGUUCUUCCAGGCCGUGCUCGUGCAGGUCCUCGGCAAGCUCGCCUCCACGGUCCCGCUCUCACUGCACGACUGGCUGCUAUGCGUGGGGCUGGGCGCCAUUGGCCUGCCUGUGGCAGCCGUGGUGAAGCUCAUUCCUGUGCAGGCCCGCACUGCUUCUGGUGCGGCUGCAGAGCCAACAGAUUCCCUCAGGGAGCCGCUUAUUGCCAAUGGAGCAGAGAGGGUCUGA